GGCAAGUGUGGGGGCGGACGUGACGUCACGAGCAGUGCUACUGGAAAGAUGGCGGCGUCCAUGCUGAGAUUCGCUGGUUCCCUGGGACGGAGAGUGAUCGGUGGAGUGGCGAGGGGGUCACAGCCUUUGUCCAGAUGUAGGUCUACACAGGCAGCAACACAAGCUGUUUUAAAUGUUCCUGAGACUAAAGUAACUACACUGAAUAAUGGACUGCGAGUUGCGUCAGAGGAUUCCGGACUAUCAACCUGUACUGUGGGUCUAUGGAUUGAUGCUGGAAGCAGGUAUGAAAAUGAGAAGAAUAAUGGAACUGCACAUUUUUUAGAGCACAUGGCAUUUAAGGGAACAAAGAAGCGUUCCCAGCUAGACCUGGAGCUUGAAAUUGAAAACAUGGGUGCUCACUUAAAUGCAUAUACAUCACGAGAACAGACAGUAUAUUAUGCAAAGGCUUUUUCCAAAGAUCUGCCUAGAGCUGUAGAGAUUCUAGCAGACAUCAUUCAAAACAGCACUCUAGGAGAAGCUGAGAUUGAACGUGAAAGAGGCGUUAUUCUGAGGGAGAUGCAGGAAGUGGAGACAAAUCUACAGGAAGUAGUCUUUGAUUACCUUCAUGCUACUGCCUACCAUCGUACAGCACUAGGAAGAACUAUCCUGGGGCCUACUGAAAACAUCAAAUCCAUAAACCGUAAUGAUUUGGUGGAGUACAUCACAACACAUUAUAAAGGACCUAGAAUAGUCCUGGCUGCAGCUGGUGGUGUGUCGCAUCAUCAGUUGCGUGAUCUGGCAGAGCAUCAUUUUGGUAAUUUGCCGUCAAUAUACGAAGGGGAAACCCUGCUUCCAUGCACUUUCACAGGCAGUGAGAUCCGUGUUCAUGAUGAUAAAAUGCCAUUGGCCCACAUUGCCAUUUCAGUUGAAGCUGUUGGUUGGUCUCAUCCUGACACUAUUCCGCUUAUGGUGGCAAACACCUUGAUAGGCAACUGGGAUCGGUCCUUUGGAAGUGGUGUGAAUUUAUCAAGCAGACUUGCACAAAUCGCCUGUUAUGGAAACUUGUGUCACAGUUUCCAGUCAUUCAACACCUGUUACACCGACACCGGCCUCUGGGGCCUAUACAUGGUGUGUGAACCAAGCACAGUAGAAGAGAUGUUGCAUUUUGUGCAACGAGAAUGGAGAAGUCUUUGCACAAGUGUUACAGAAGGUGAAGUCGCACGUGCCAAGAACUUGUUGAAAACCAACAUGUUGCUUCAGCUAGAUGGUUCCACCCCUAUCUGUGAGGAUAUAGGCAGGCAGAUGUUGUGCUAUAACCGAAGACUACCGUUACCUGAACUGGAAGCAAGGAUAGAUCUGAUUGAUGUCCAGACAAUAAGAGAUGUGUGCACCAAAUAUAUUUAUAAUAAAAGUCCAGCAUUCGCUGCUGUUGGUCCCAUCUGUCUUCUCCCAGAUUACAAUGAAAUACGCGGUAAAAUGUAUUGGCAGUGACGACAUCUUUAUUUCUAAAGAUAUUUAUAUUUUGAAACCAAAUGUGAUUUGCUGAAUACUUAUUUUAUCAUUCAGACUUUUUAGGUGUGUAAUAUGAGCCUUGUAGGACUCUAACCUAAAUAUGUAAUUGUUUAUAUGGUUUCAAUUGUGUAGGACUGUGUUAAAACGAAAAUCUGUAAAACCAUUUUUUGUAUAGUAAAAGAAACAAAAAUGUUUAAUAUAAUUUAUCCAACCAAAUACUUGUAGUAUUUGCUUCGUUUUAUUAUAAAACAUGACACACAAACA